GGAGUGAGAACAACGAGAACAGCCCUCAGUCGCUGAAAGAUGGACGGUGGUGGAGCGUACGGUGGUGGUAAGGCUGGUGCCCCAUUCGACCCAAUUUCAUUUGUACAAAGGCCUCAGGUUAUUCUAAAAGCAGUAUGUCUGCUCUUCUCGAUCAUUGUCUUCGGAUCUAUAAGCAGCAAAGGAUAUAUGAACGACGAGAGUGGCAAGGAGUACUGCCUUUAUAACAAAGAUGCAAAUGCUUGCAACUAUGGUGUUGGUAUUGGAGUUCUGGCAUUCCUUGCCUGCAUCGGCUUCCUCGUUGGUGAAUAUUUGUUUGAGCAAAUGUCAUCGGUGAAAACACGGAAACAUUACGUGCUUGCUGAUCUUGGAUUCUCGGGACUUUGGGCAUUUUUAUGUUUCAUUGGAUUCUGUUAUUUAACUAAUGCAUGGAACAAAUCAGCAACACCUCCCGAUGGAUAUGGUGUUAACAAUGUUCAAGGAGCCAUUGCCUUCCUGUUUUUCUCUAUAUUCUCGUGGGCGGGGAGUGCUUGGUUUGCAUUCCAAAGAUUCAAGCAAGGUACAGAUGCUGCAUUUGCACCGAGUUAUGAGGCAGAUCCAGUGGGUGGUGCUGGUUACACGAGUUAUCCAGACGCACCAGACGCGGCAUACCAGGAGCAGCCCUUCCCCCAGCAACAGCAGCAGCAACGCGGUAUGACUGAUUUCCAGGCUCCAGCAUAUUGAGAUCAUUGAUAUUAGUUUCAACAAGCGAAAACCAGCAAAAGAAAUUCGAUGUUUACGAUAAUUCAGACGUUAUUGCACAGCGGCAGAGCCAUUCAACUCAACAACAACAAUUAGCAUAAUGAAAUGAGAUUAAUAAUCAUAGGAAGGACAGUAAAAAUGGAAUGGGACUUUAACUAUUCAUUAGAAUUUCCCCGACUUUCCUUUCCUUAUUAUUUAUGAUAGCUCUCUUUUCAAGUAUUGCCAUGUUACAUUAUUAAAGUUACAAGCUACUCAUCUCGAUAAAUUCUAUUGCUGCUUUUUGUAUGAUAUAGACAAAAAAAUCAAGAGACCUAGGGAAUCUUUAUUUUUCGGUGUACCUAUAUUUUAAAAGAACAUGGGGAUUAAAUAAUGAAAGAGAAUGUACACGUGAACUGUGAAUUGAAACGGGCCUCAAAUGACCGUACUGUAUCGUCUAUUCUGUUGAAAAAAUUUACUUACUAAUUGUACUGAGGGAUUAAUGGGGAAUUGGUGAUUAUAUCAAGGCGACCAGUAGUCGAGCAACCAAACGUUCUACAUAUAGUUCGUUGAGAUGCUAUUGUACCGAAUGCUUGAUUCAUUUUCAAUUAUAAAAAUAAUUACAUAGUGUU